CUCGGACCGUGUCGCCACCCGUCCGGGGGGGUCUCUUAUCCACUUCGAGGAAUUUAGAAAUGGCGAUGGACGCAGCCGCAGGUUCAUGUCCGAGAUUGCAGAGCCAAAGAGAAGAAGAAGAAUGAAGGUGGGAGUGCUUCAUGGAGCUCCUGGCGCGACCCUACUUCCCCUGCCACGCGUCAGAGCUGCCGUCAAAUGCUCUUCCUCUUCUUCCGGCCAUUUAUCAUUCAUCAAGGAUGUGGCUGCCACUGAGCCUCCUAAGCAUCUUCAUUAUUUGCUAAAAGUGCUUCAAACGAGAGGUGAAACGAUAGUGUCUCCAGGAUCUAGGCAAGGGUAUCCCCUAGUCAUUCCUCUGGCGCAAAAUCUUUCAGGUGAUGUUACUGGGUUGCUGAGGUGGCCAACAGCCCCACCAGGGAUGGAGAUGCCGGUUGUUGAAGUCCGCAAGCAUGGCGUGUGGCUAUUAGCUAAGAAUGUUGAUCAGUAUAUACAUAGGAUUCUUGUUGAAGAAGAUGCCAAUUCACAGAGGAGUAGUGAUGAACUCUACCAUGCUUCAUCUGAGGCUGGUAAGGAACUUUACAACAAAGGUGAUUUUGCAAAAUCUCCGAUGAAGAAUAUUGAGGCAUAUCUUUUGAAAAAGGUUGGUAUGUUUCCAGAUGUCUUAGAGCGCAAGGUGACUCGCCACUUUGACGAGGGGGAUAAAGUUUCAGCCAUGGUGACUGGAGAGUUCUAUACAAAGAAAGAUCUCUUUCCAGGAUUUGGACGCCCUUUUGCCUUUUAUGCGGAGAUCUUACUAAGAGUUGGACGGGCCUCGGAAGCUAAAGAUGCUGCCAGGGUGGCUCUGAAAUCGCCAUGGUGGACUUUAGGCUGCGGUUAUGAGGAAGUCGCUCAAAUAGCACAGUGGGAGGAUGAACAAAUAGAGUACAUCAAAGAAAAAGUGUCGGAAGAGGGAAAACAAGAGGAUAUCAAGAAGGGCAAGGCACCUGCCCAGGUCUCUUUGGACGAGGCUGCUUUCUUGCUAGACUUAGCUUCUGUUGAGGGGACCUGGUCUGACUAUCUCGAGCGAAUCGCCGAAUGUUACAAGGAAGCUGGACUUGAUGAGAUAGCCAGGUUCAUUCUAUACCGGGAUUGAGAACGCGCUGGACGAGGAUCAUGACAUCUUUCAUCGACCCAACGAAGCCGUGAUCUUUUUGAUUCAAAGGUGGGUUUGACUGCGAGAAAAUGUCGAUGGUGAUGCAUAUCGGGCCCCAAACCCAGGGAAAGAAUGAGGAAUAAUUUGAAGCGAUCCUAGCAUUUCCUGGUGAGGGGUUGGAUCAGAUGCAGACUCAUUCCGGGAUGUCAAUUUCUUACAUGUUUUUGAAGCAGGGGUUGAUGUAUGUCUUCCAUUUGAUUCUUUGAGUGAAUGUAAAGGCUGAUCUAACUGGCGAGGCUAGUCUUGUAGAUUUGAUGUUUUCUGUGCAAUGAGCAGGCGAGUCCUGUCCUGUCCUGUGAGAUUCCGCUGUCAAA